CCGUGGUGGACAAAAACGCUCUCGCGUUCGCUUUUUCAAAACCUCGCGAGAAUUCAGCCUGUCGUACUUUCAGUGUUUUCUCUUCGUUAUGGGCAGCGUUGAGUUAACAGACAAAUACACAAUGGACUGAACUUUAUAAAGAGCGACAGUCAUCACUUAAGCUGAUAGAAAUGUAGACAGUCUCACGUUUAGACAUCUGCUGCUUGGCUCAGCGACGAAGUGACGGGAUAUCUAGCCAGAUAUUGAUCUCACCGAGUGCAGGAUUCAGUGCGUGUCUCCUGGACUUGCCAUCAUAAGGAUGUUCCCCUGCCUGGCCUAUAGACCAUGGCAAGUCCUCUGUCGGGUCUACCUGCAACAACGAGCCCCCCUGUCUCAAAUACCCCCCAAAGUAGCAAAGCCGUGUUUUGGUUGGCAAAGUUGCGCAGGGGUCCACAAAUUCUGGUUUAGCUUUCCAGACUCAAGAGUGACGUCUGUGACAUGGACACAGGUGCAGUACUGUUCCACAUCAAACAGUGGUAAAGACGGUUCUCCACCGAGCGUUAGUGGGACAAAACCUUCCGAGAAAGCACAAGCUGCCCAGCCCGCUGCAAAAACAACUGGAUUGACAAAAGCUGAGACCAUUCAGGUGAAAGUUCGGGCCGUCCUGAAAAAGAGGGAAUAUGGCACAAAGUACACCCAAAAUAAUUUCAUCACUGCUGUGAGAGCUAUGAACGAGUUCUGCCUCAAACUCAGUGAUCUUGAGCAGCUUAGAAAGAUCCGUCGGCGUAGUCCCCAUGAUGACACAGAAGCUUUUACCGUCUUUCUGCGAUCAGACGUGGAGGCAAAAGCGCUGGAUGUAUGGGGCAGUCAAGAGGCGCUCGCUCGAGAGAGGAAUCUUAGGAAAGAAGUGGAACGGGAGUAUGAGGAAAACAUAUUUAGAAACCAGCAGCUGCUGAAGGAAUACAAAGAUUUCUGGGGAAACACAAAGCCUCGAUCGGGGAAUAGGGCGACAUUUCUACAAGGGCCAGGAAAAGUGGUGAUGGUAGCUAUAUGCAUAAAUGGACUGAAUUUCUUCUUCAAGCUUUUGGCGUGGGUAUACACAGGAUCUGCCUGUAUGUUUUCCGAAGCCAUUCAUUCGCUAGCUGAUACCUGUAAUCAGGCUCUUCUUGCACUAGGCAUCAGUCAGUCUGUCCGAAACCCAGAUGCCAGCCACCCGUACGGCUUCUCUAACAUGCGUUACAUCGCCUCCCUUAUCAGUGGAGUGGGCAUCUUCAUGAUGGGUGCUGGAUUGUCCUGGUAUCAUGGCAUCAUGGGACUACUGCACCCUCAGCCAAUAGAAUCACUUCUGUGGGCAUACUGUAUCUUAGCAGGAUCUCUGGUCUCCGAAGGAGCUACUCUGGUAGUGGCCAUUAAUGAGAUCAAGAAGAGUGCAAAGAAACAAGACCUGUCCUUUUACGAAUACGUGAUGCAAAGUCGAGACCCCAGCACUAAUGUGGUCCUGUUGGAGGAUGCUGCAGCAGUGCUGGGGGUGGUGCUGGCUGCUGGAUGUAUGGGGCUCACCUCUCUUACAGGUAACCCAUUCUAUGACAGUCUUGGUUCUCUGGGUGUGGGAACCCUGUUAGGGGCGGUGUCUGCGUUCCUUAUCUACACUAACACAGAGGCUCUGCUGGGCCGCUCAAUUCAGGCUGAACACAUGCAGAAGCUCACAGAGUUUCUGGAAAGUGACCCUGCAGUCAGGGCAAUUCAUGAUGUCAAAGCCACAGAUAUGGGGCUGAGCAAAGUGCGCUUUAAAGCGGAGGUGGACUUUGAUGGGCGGGUGGUGACGCGCUCAUACCUGGAGAAACAAGACAUUGAACAGAUGCUUAACGAAAUUCAGCAGGUGAAGACACCAGAAGAGCUGGAGAACUUUAUGCUGAAACACGGAGAGAACAUUAUCGACACAUUAGGAGCAGAGGUGGACCGCCUGGAGAAAGAACUGAAGCAACGUAAUCCUGAGGUGCGGCAUGUGGAUCUGGAGAUUUUAUAGUGUUAUAAAACAUGGCACAACGAUGAGGAGCAAGAGGAAGAAGAAGAAAUCAAACCUCAAUUGACCUCAAACUUCGAUUAUUCUCUUCAACCAGCCAAUCAGCUGAAGUCUUAUAUUACCCAAGCACUAACCUGUACAUGGUUUCAUUAGUUAGGUAAGAUAGAAGAACCACAGAAAAAGACUCCAAUUGCAUAGAGACAUGGGCGAUAAUGACUUAUGCUUCUGUGAUGUUUGUAUCAUCAGAGCAUUGAAAUCAUGUCCAUGAAUUCAAAAGGACCAGAAUCUUUUUAGCGUUUUACUUUUGGCCUACCGAGAAGCAUAAACUUGUAAUUCACUAUCCGUUUUUUUUGUCUGCUAAGCCAAUAGUGCACUUGAAAGGUAAUCAUUUGAGGCAAUGGCUUUACAUCUCAAAUAUAUUUAGAAAUUAAACAACAUUUCCCCAUAUUACUUUAUUGGCUACACAGAGACAAUGGUGAGUUUAAGUGAUGCCACUACUAAUAAAUGAAGUGAACAGAUUUCUCAGUAAGUUGCGAUAAGUAGCUGUGAGCAGCAUUCUGUAUUGCAAUUGGUAUGUUUAUAAGUUUUAACAGGUAUGUGUGUUAAAUACUCCUCAACACAAAAAAGUACAAACUGUUUUUAACAAGAUUUUUCUGAUUUAACAGAUCUAGUCAAAUUGAUCUUUUUGGCCCAUCUCAGAUGUAUCAAACCACAAUUCCUUUUUAAAUCUUGAUGUCCUAUCUGCUGACAGUACUGCUUUGAAGAGAAAUGAACACAGAUCUGUGUUCCUGAUGCCCCCUAAACACAUCUUGGAGUGCUAUUGUUAAUGUGGCAACCUAGUUUGUGAACACUACUCCAGGUUUCGUUCUAUUGUAAAUAAUUUCUGAUUGUUAAAAUGCCUGUGAAAUUUGGUGAUCAAAAAAAAUGUAGUUAAAUUAUUCAUAUCCAUGUUCAGGGUCAUUUGUUCAAACAGUACGUUUAGACGGUAGUCGUUAUAGAUACUGUAUGUUCUCAUUUGUGCUUGAAAACAUUGUCAUUUUUGCUCAGUCGCUCAGUUCCUUUUAGGAAACGACUGAUAUUUCAUACAUAUAAUGAAGGUGGAUGAACAUAUGCAAGGUUAGUUGAAGGUUGACAUUCAGGUUUGUUUUGGGGAAGGCUUUGAGAGUAAAUAUAUAUUUAUAUUGAAUAUGAUUUGAUGGUUUCAGAUUGCUAUUUGGUUCAAUAUUUUACUAAGAUAUAAUACUAAAGCAAAUUGAGUAUUAAAUUGCAAUUUAUUUAUUAAACCUCUGAAUAUGU